GUUCAACUCCUCCUCAAAAGACAGGGUUGCUUUUAAUAUUUAAACCCUGAACCAAAGGAGAAACGUUUCUUUCAAGUUAUUAGCUCCAUCUUAUAGCAGUCGUCAUUAUAUUCACAGAGCACACACUAUUUCUAUCGGAUACUUUUUGACAAUUAUGCGACGGACUGUAACUUUGAACGGACCCUCGCCUUGGGGUUUUCGACUUGUCGGAGGACGGGACUUUAGUACACCGUUGACGAUUUCGAGGAUAACACCUGGGAGUAAAGCAGCUCUGGUGGACCUGUGCCCUGGAGACACCAUCUUGGCCAUCAAUGGGGACCGUACCGAGACCAUGACACACAUGGAGGCCCAAAACAGGAUUAAGGCCUGCACAGAGGAGCUCAUCUUAGAUAUCAGCAGGUCUGAAAAGAAGAGCUUGUCUCCAACUGUAAUAGAAGACUACAGGACAACCCCAUGUACAGGAGUGGUGGAGUCUGAGUCACAGAACUUCCGUCCAAUCAGCAGUGGAUACAGCACUACUUCCAAAAGCCCAUCCCCCAAAAGCCACGUUCCUCAUGUGCCUCUUAACAAUGGCAACUCAAGACCUCUGCCACAGUACAACAACCCAGCCGGCCUGUAUGCACAUAACAAUGGUAACACUGCCUUACCCAAACAAAUGGCUGGUCUCAGCCUCAGCUCUCCACACAGUCCGGAACCACCACUACAUUCUCCAGGCAGUGGAAAUGGUUUUGACGUAGAGUCUGAUGUGUACAAGAUGCUACAGGAGCAUGAGGAGCCCAUGUCGGCACCCAAGCAGUCCGGCUCUUUCAAGUACCUACAGGGUAUGCUGGAGGCCCAAAAUGGAGGCAUUUCUCCAACAGACCGACCUGGGUUGAGGGGCGUAAGAUCGCCAGUCAGGUCCCCGGUGUCUAAGCUGAGCAGCCCUGUACAUAGCCCCAUUAGCCCACUCGCUGGUUUACAACAGCUGCCCCAAUGUACACGCUGUGGGAAUGGCAUUGUGGGUACCAUCGUCAAGGCCAGAGACAAACUUUACCAUCCAGAGUGCUUCAUGUGUGAUGACUGCGGCCUCAACCUCAAGCAGAGGGGCUACUUCUUUAUUGAGGACAACCUGUACUGUGAGACCCAUGCCAAAGCCCGGGUGCAGCCCCCCGAGGGCUACGACGUGGUGGCUGUCUACCCUAACUCCAAAGUGGAGCUGUUGUGAUCACUCCUGUAAACCAGUGGUUGCCAAUUCCAGUCCUGGGGAUCUACUUUAACACAACUGCAUCAAAUCAGCUGGCCCA